GUAGCGGAAGAACGGGCGAGAUUUAAAUCCUGUUGUUCUUGGCGGAUCUGAUGAUCCAGGACUAACUCUCAUUCUGUCGGUAAUAUUUUACAAUCGGGCUUGUCCACGAUUUAAUGCCGAGCCAAUAGAAAAGUUUAAAGGGAGUCAAGUUAAAGGCGGACAUUUGACUUGUAAACGGUGACAUUCUGAGCUGUUGUUUGGCUUUAGUGUUGUAGUUUAUUAACUCGACGUGACUAAAAAGCGGAAAAAAAACCUUUUGGCUUUGUUGUUUUUUGAAGGGAAUUUGAGCGGGACGAUCAAAAACUUUUUUUUUCCAAGAAACGAAGCUUUCCAGUUUUAACGUUUUGUUUAUCAGGAUGUCUAAAGAAAACAGCGACCCUGUUAACUGCAUUGAAUUUAUCAAUGAUCAGCUGUAUUUCGCCAUCCUCAAUCAGAAGAUCAGGAGCACACCUGAAAGACACUGUUUCUGCAUAGAUGAAGAACUCUCCUAUGAGAACUUUUAUGCGGACUUUGGUCCCCUCAACCUGGCUAUGUUUUAUCACUUCUCUUGUAAACUCACAAAGAAGCUCAAGUCUUUGGCACAUGCCAGAAAAAAGAUUGUGUUCUUCACCUGUGGGGACAAAAAGAAACAAGUGAAUGCUGCCUAUUUAAUAGGAUCAUAUGCAGUGAUGAAUCUUGAGAAAACACCAGAAGAAGCUUAUAGACUACUAGUCUCCAGAAAUGGCAAUUAUAUUCCUUUCAGAGAUGCUUCGUUUGGAACCUGCAUGUACAAGCUGAAUAUCCUGGAUUGUUUACGUGCAGUGCACAAGGCUCUGCAGUUUGGCUGGCUGGAUUUCUCCAACUUUGAUGUGGAGGAAUAUGAGCAUUAUGAGAGAGCUGAAAAUGGAGAUUUCAAUUGGAUUAUUCCAGGGAAAUUUUUGGCUUUUAGCGGUCCACAUCAGAAGAGCAAAAUAGAGAACGGUUAUCCUCUUCAUGCUCCUGAGGCUUACUUCCCAUAUUUCAGGAAGCACAACAUCACCACUGUCAUACGUCUAAACAAAAAAAUGUACGAUGCCAAACGGUUCACAGAUAUGGGUUUUGACCACCACGACCUGUUCUUUGUUGAUGGGAGCACACCGACCGAUGCCAUCGUCACCAAGUUCAUGAACAUCUGCGAAAAUGCAGAAGGUGCCAUAGCUGUUCACUGUAAAGCUGGCCUGGGUCGCACCGGGACUUUAAUAGGCUGCUACCUCAUGAAGCACUUUAGACUGACUGCAGCUGAGGCCAUCGCCUGGAUCAGAAUUUGCCGACCCGGCUCAGUGAUCGGACCUCAGCAGAACUUUGUUGAGGAUAUGCAGUCCAGUCUAUGGAUCGAGGGAGACCUGUACCGGCAGCAACAGUGUGAACAGGAAAACGGCAUUAACAAAGCAGCAGUCACAGGAAUAUUGUCGGGUUUGGACGACAUCUCCAUCAAUGGGACAAAUAAGAACAGUGCAAGAAAAACUGAAAUGUAUAAUGACGGCGAGGAGGAACUCAACGGCCUCACACAGGGUGACGAACUGAGGGCACUGAAGAGUAAACGGCAGUCCAGGGCAUCCACGGGUUCUUUAUCGGUCAUUCUGCAAUCAAGUGCACAGAGUUGUAAAUCUCAGAAUCCCUCAGAUAAUGAGGACGUUAGAAAACGAACCAAAACCUCACUUAGCUCCAGCAGAAAAAGCAGCUUAUUACAUUCCAGACUUGCACGGUCUUUAGGCAAUUUGCCUGUAAUGGCCAAUGAAAAGAACCAUGAGUUGUGUGAAGUUAACUCGAUGGCUCCAGAUAGAUUGAGCAAGAAAUCAAGCAUAAGGCGCAUUAUCUCGAUCAACAGUGAUCCGCUUGGUCCUUCUAUUCCAUCCUCAACUGAGGCAUUUGUUCACAACCUCAGUAUCAAUGUAAAGAACUGUGUCCAGAGGAAGGAAAAGGCUGCACUCUUUGCAAUCAUUGCACUUUACAAGACUAUGUCCUGCAGUCCCUAAAGCUAGAGCACCUCUACUGCGUUAACAUGGAUGGUUUUGGAAAACGAGUGCAAGAAAUCCCUGGACUAUUAUUCUUUUUCUUUUAUUCUUCUUUUUUUAUAUAUUAUAUAUUAUUCCAGUAAAGUAUAAAAACAGUCUCCUUUGAUCAGAAAACAGAUUGUAUUGACAAGCUUGAAUAAUUUUAUCUGCAAAAGCCAUUUUAUGUUUGUAUAGCAAAGUCCAAAACAUUGGGGGGUUUGUAAUGCUAAUGUGUGAGGGUUUUUUUUUUAACACCAUUUACAAUUAUGAGUCAAGGUCCUUUAAAAAAUGUAGCCUUGUUGUUUAAUAUAUAUAUAUAUAUUUUUUAUUAUUAAUGUCUCUGCAACUCGGUUACCUCUGUGCCCUGCCAAAAUCUGAAGGCUAUUGUUUUUCAUUUGAUAAUCUUUUCGUUUCACAGUUGACUGCUGUGCGUGUAUAUGAAUAUUUGAUACAUCAGAAAGGCCUGUUGUACAUUUAUACCUGUAAAUACUGUAAUAAUUUUUGGUUUAUUCAUGUCAAAUUGUAGUUCCUAUUUCUUGAGUACAUUUAUAUCUUAUGUACUAUAAAUCUUAGUUUGUAAGGGA